AUGAAUGGGCAUAUUUUAUUUGCAGCACUUGCUCUUCAUUCGCACUCCGCUUCUGUUACGACCUUUAACGGACUCAACUUCUCAAAUUGGUGCGAACAGAUCAAAUUCCAUCUUGGAGUUUUAGAUCUUGAUGUUGCACUUUAUACUGAGAGGCCAACAGCUAUUACUGAAAUUAGUAGUACUGAAGAAAGGUCCUACUUUAAGCACUGGGACAGGUCUGACAGAUUAAGCCUAAUGUUUAUACGAAUGAAUAUUACGGGCAACAUUAAGACUACUCUUCCCAAAACUGAAAGCGCGAAAGAACUUCUGAAACUUGUGGAAGAAUGCUCUCAAACUGCUGAUAAGUCUCUUGCUGGGACACUAAUGGGUACUUUAACCACCAUAAAAUUUGAUGGUUCGCGUACCAUGCAUGAGCAUGUCAUUGAAAUGACAAAUAUAGCAGCAAGACUUAAGACUUUGGGAAUGGAAGUGGAUGAGAAUUUCCUUGUUCAAUUCACUAUUAACUCAUUACCAUCUGAGUAUGGCCCUUUCCAAAUGAACUACAACACCAUGAAAGACAAAUGGAAUGUGCAUGAACUGCACGGUAUGCUGGUUCAAGAGGAAACAAGGCUGAAGAAUCAAGGAACCCACUCCAUUAAUCUUGUAGGCUAUCAAGGAGCUGGAAAGAAAGGAAAGAAACAUGGAAAAGUUAAGCAGAGGCAACAUAAUGUCAAUGAGUCCUCUUCUCAAGUACGUAAGAAGGAACACAAGAAUGAAAAGUGUCGUUUCUGUAGAAAACCUGGACACUUUUAG